UAAACACCGAAGAAGUAGAGGGGCAACCUGGGUUUUGCAUCCGGAGCAGCUCCUUCAUAUCCGCAGACAGACCGACAGAUUCCACCGAUGACAACACAACUUUAACUGCUUUACGAGGGUUAUAAAGGGUUAACAGGUGCACUGCUGCUGCUGGCCCUCGGUUCACUAUGGCCCAGAACCAGGUGAUCCUGCAGUUCCGCUUCGCCACGUUUGGCGACUCCAUGCUGCAGAAGAUGAACCUCCUACGACACCAGAGGCGCUUCUGUGAUGUCACUGUGCGCAUCAACCAGCUGGAGGUGCCUGGUCACAAGGUAGUGUUUGCCGCCGGCUCCUCUUUCUUGAGGGACCAGUUCAUCCUUCAGCAGGACUCCAGGGAGGUCCAGAUCUCCAUGAUCCAGGAGGCGGAGGUGGGCCGGCAGCUGCUGUUAUCCUGUUACACGGGUCAGCUGGAGUUUCCCGAGCUGGAGCUUGUGCAUUACCUGACAGUGGCCAGCUUCCUCCAAAUGGGCCACAUUGUGGAGCAGUGCACCCAAGCUCUCAACAAGUUCAUCAAACCUCAGUCUGCACGCAAGCUGGAGGUGGAUGUGGGUCUGAGGAGGGAGAAGAAGGAGGAGGGUUUAUCGUCCCCGAGAGAGCAAGAGCGCUCUCAGGUUCGGACUGUCCAUCAGGAGGAGGAGGAGGAAGUAGUGCCGGUUGGGGAUGACAACAAUGUCAAUGGUGACGACGACGACGAUGUGAUCAUACAGCCGAUGUCCCCCCUUCAGAUCGUAGGCAGACGUCCGAAGCAGGGUGUGGUGGAGAGUGAUAUUGCGAUAGUAAAAGUGGAGUCUGUGUCUGACGAAGUGGAAAACUCCAUCACUGGUCACUUCCCCACCAGCCCGCCUCCUGCCCUCCACUCUCCUGAGCCCCAGCACUCCCUCAUCAACUCCACUGUGGACAGUCGUGGCAGUGAGAUGGCGGUUGCGCCUGGCGUGGCUGGAUACCCUCUGAGCCCCCCUCCUCCGUCCCCUCCUGCAGAGAAACACAGUGUGCACCAGAGGAACUACGACAAACCUCUCCAGUGGUACCACCAGUGCCCCAAGUGCUCCCGGGUCUUCCGCCAGCUGGAGAACUACGCCAACCACCUCAAGAUGCACAAGCUGUUCAUGUGCCUGCUGUGCGGCAAGACCUUCACGCAGAAGGGCAACCUGCACCGGCACAUGCGCGUCCACGCUGGCAUCAAGCCCUUCCAGUGUAAAAUCUGCGGCAAGACCUUCACCCAAAAGUGUUCUUUGCUGGAUCACCUAAACCUGCACAGCGGGGACAAGCCGCACCGCUGCAACUACUGUGACAUGGUCUUCGCUCACAAGCCAGUUCUCCGCAAGCACCUCAAACAGAUCCACGGGAAGAACAGCUUUGACAACGCAAACGAAGGCAACCUGCACGACGGGGGGCUUGACUUUGAUUUUGGCCAAAUAUGAAAUCCGUGGGACCCUUUUUAGUAGCUUUGUUGAAGACCAUCUGUCAUUUAAAUUGCCGUCAUGAAGCCUUUACUUUACUUUAAUGGAACAUUAUCAUCCUAAAUUUAUCAGUACAGCUGACACAGUUUAUACAGAUCUGGAGCAUAGAACCUGUUAUUCUUUGUCUGAGAAGCCCACGAUUGCAUUCUAAAAGAUGGGCAGAUGAGCGAACAUGAUGGCUGGUUUCCACAAGUGUCAGCCUCAUCCUGACGGGUUUAACUGGAGAAUGUAAACAUGAAAGAAGACGUGUUCCUGGUCUACAUUUCACUGUAGCUUCAUUACUGUGGACUGUUUUUAAUUUUUUUUUUCUACAAUACAUUAUAGAUGCCUUCAUAUCGUACUUGAAUAUUCAGCACUGAAACACAUAUUGACUGUACUUCAUUAGUUUUAUUGAUGAACUAACACGUCUGUGUCUACGUCGUCCAAUGAAAAAUAUCCAUAUGUAUAUUGUGUAUACAGUCUGCUGUAGCCUUUCUUUCUUACCUGUGUGAUUAUGACAUUAUGACAUCACUUCAUAACUAAAGAAAACUUGAAAGAGGGUGCGUAGGAAAAAUAUUUUAUUGAAGGCAAGCUACACCAGUGACAAAUGGGAUGCCAAAGUGUCUAGGGUGUUUCUGCAACUACGUUCACUUUUGAUUCUCCCAAAUUAAAGAAAAAUCAACCUCUAUGAAUUUUAACCAUCAGAGUAUGUAAUACAUAUAAACAGGUACACAACAUUACAUAUAGUGGUUAAGAUUUGAAUCUGUAACAUGUUUAUUUUUCAUCACUUGUUCUUACUAAAUGUCCUUACCGCAACAUUACAAUUACGUUCAUUUUAUACAAUUUGCUUUUUUAAUUUCUAUAAUAUUUUCAAGACAUUUGAAUUUAUUUUCAUGAAGCUUUAUUCAUCAUUGUAAGUAUUGAUAUGCAAACAUUUUUUAAAAAUAGGGGAUUUCAUGAUUUUCUUUACAUCCUGAAAAAUGUAGACAGUAACCAUAGAUGUCAGUCUUCAUACACAAAAAAUUAAACAAUAUGUUGUGUUUUAUGACAUAUAUUGAAGUUCUGAUGUCUUUACAGACAUAUUGCAGAAAUUAAAUUUUUGCUAAUAUUGCAGAUAAAUGGCAGCUAGCAAGGUCUGCUACGUUAGCUUUGACUCUUAGCAUCCAGUAUACAUUAAUUCAACAGUAACGUUAAGUUAUUUUUUAAAAUGUAGUUCAAAAUACACAAUAACUAAGCUGUAUGGUAAGGAUACACAAUAAAUACUUCAGAAGAAAAGGUGACCUUAACCUUGUGUCUCUGAUCUUGAGGGUCACCUAUGAGGGCGGCCCAACCUGUCAUCCAUGUGCUCACUUGUUAACUUCCGUUUCCAUAGAAACUAGAUUUGUUUGGAUUUGAAUAAAACUUUUACUAUGGUAUUUGUUCGGUGUCGCGGUAAGGACUCAGAAGUGUGGGACAGGUGCCUUUACAUGAAAAAAAAAAAUCAUAUAAAUGAUUUGUUAACAAAGAAAUCAUUUUAAUAUGUUGUAAAGUAAUAUUUAUAUGAAACAAUUACAUUUUAAAUAAUGUGAUAUUAUAAUUGAAUUAGCUCAUUUUAUUAAUAUGUCAACAUUGAGAUCACAGUUGUGGGACAUGAAGAAAAGUGAUGUUUGGACCCAUAAAAAGCUUCAUGACUUCUAUUAAAUCACAUUGUUUUUAUGUCGAGAUGGGUAAUAACACUGAAUAUAUAUAUAUAUAUUUAUCAAGCAUUGCACUGCAAAUUUGAAAAUAAAUCCCAAAUUUCAUUGCUGGGACUUAAAAAUGCCCGUAGUUGCAGAAACACCCUCGUUGUGAACUGAAAUGGUUCUUUUAUACAGACUUUAUAUCUGAGGUACUAUUGGACCAAAGUGACAUUGUAUCUGUCCUGUGUUCAUGGAAGUCAAUGUGUGUUAUGAAAUUAAAAACUGACUCUUAAUCAGU